CUUGGCAUUGGCUCCUCGGUCCAUAACUCAGUCAGUUCUUAGCACCACACUAUAACGCACGUGUGCUCCGACUUAACACGAUCUUGUACCUUGCACGUGUUAUACGAAUUUGUGAAUUAUUUCAGUAUAGUGCUGUUUUGUUCAUACGCGGCUGUGAUUGUGUACAAGUGAUUAUUUAGUCAAUAUUCAGCUGGGAUGUCGACAAAGAAAAUUAUGUGAUAAGUGAACAGUGAUAUUAGUGAAAUUAAAACAAAUAUCACAUAUUUUAUUUCAACCAAACGCAACAGUUAUCAAGAAUGGACCAAUACGUGUUAGCAGUGGUGUUGUUAAUAUUUUCCUUGAUAACAACAGGAGUUGAGUCGCUACAAUGCUACCAGUGCCUCAUAAAUCCACUGCCGGGCCACUACUACAACACCACAAAGCGUUUGUGCGUGCAUUUUGACCAUUCAAACAAGUUCAUAGUCGACUGCCCCUACUCUACUAUGUGUAUGAAACAGGAGUUUUAUCUCGACAUACAGAACGGAGUAAGAAUAAAAGGAGUGCUCCGUGAUUGCGCUCCUCAGAAGAACGAGUAUCAAGAGUACAAGAACGGGCGGUGGUCUCCGAAAAUAGAAAUAAUGGAGCCCUAUCCAGAAGGCUGUCACGAUGUGGACGAUAAAGGAGAGAGGACAACACCGACCAGAUACUGCUACUGCCGCUCGGAAUUAUGCAACUCAUCGCCAAACACGAGCCACGAAGGCUACACCGACAUCAUGGGCGUCAUAGUCGUGUUCAACCUAAUGAAAUACAUCAACAGCCUUAGGUAGUGAAUAAACUUUGCUUAGGUGAUUAUUUAUAAUUCGUGAAGUGCUAAGCGCUUUAUGGACUCGCAAGCAUUAUGUGAUAUUGAAUGUUGACGCAGUCACGGCUGAAGGAUGGGACCAGUCAAGGUUAUUUGUUAUUGUUGAAUAGAUUUUUAGGCGUUUGUAAAUUGUAUGUCUAUGCAAUAACUUGAAUAUAAUUGAAUAGAAACUAUAAAAGCAUCGUCAUAUCUCAGUUCUAUACUAUCAAUAUUUAUAUUGUAAAGAGGCAAAGUUUGUUUGUAGUAAGUAUUCCCUGAAAUUACUACUGCUACAAACCUGAACAAUCUUUUAUAAAUUUGAAGUUACACAAUUCCUGAGUGUUGCUUUUUGCCCUGGGACGCGUCUUUGAUUGCGAAAAUGAGCAUGUAAACAGAAGGAGACGCAAGCAAAUGCUAGUAGUAAUGUUUGUAUGAGACGACAUGUAACAGAUAUCGAUGAAAAGUUUGUUUCUUGUACUAAAUGUGUACGAGGCGACUUUCAGGAUUGUAAAUGUUACACCGUUUACGUAUUGAAUAAUUAAAAUGUACAUAUCACAUUAAAACUGAUAGAAAAGGUGACAUACAAUGUAACAACAUAGAAUAAAAAAUAUAAUAAUAGCUAAAAUUAUUGAACGAUAAUAUAGAUAGAAAUUUUAGUCUCCGUAUAUAUUAAUAUGAAAUGGUGGCGCCAUCUGGAUUUGCGUAUUACAAUUAAAUAAACGUUUGUCGAACAACCGCUCUUAAAUAAAAAAUAUGUUUAAAUUAAUUUACCUAUAUAGAGCAUUUGAAAUGAAUUUUGUUACUAUCAACAAUAAACAUACCUGGCAUACGGCAUACCAAACUCUGGUAAGCCGGCAUGCUAACUACUAUUCCUCCCUUCCGUUUACCCUCAAAAGAAAAUGUAAAUCCGCUUGUAUUCUAGCUAAAGAAACAGCUUGUAUAAUGAAACUAGAUAACAAAAUCUUACAUUAUGGUAAUUUGAAUCUAGUCACGAUUGCGCCAUCAGAUCGAUUUGAUUUGUAAAGAAUACAGGUUGCUUGUGUAGAAUUAUUUACAGUAAGUUAUUUUGUAAUAUAUUACUCGAGCAUUGACCAUAGCUUUUGUAUUAUAGAAAGCUUUACAGUUUCUUAUUCGCUGUAAUAUAAUGAAUGCUUUGUAAUAUUGUGACCUAACAGCAGUUUCUUCAUUGUCAGUAAUAGUCAAUAUACAUUUGCCAAAUUAUGACGUUUGUGUCGUGGCAACUUAUGGUUUUUACUUUAGCGAAUAUGUUAUGUUGGCAUGUCUAUUGAAUUUAACAUAAGCUUAAUAUUACUAUUCAUGAAGUAACUGACUGUGAGCCUUCGAAAAAUGGGUGACAAUAGCAGUACACUUUGGAGCAAUGGCUUAAUUAGGAAUCUAAUAGUGAAUUCUUAUAUGCAGUACUUUAUUAUAAGAAAUCUUGAAUAUGUCCAUUCCUGCAGUAGAAGCUAAUGUAUAAGUUAUUGUUUUGCGUACAGACGCAGAUUAUAAAUUAGGUACGUGAUGUGAUAAAUGAUAAAAUGUUAUACACUUAGCUUUAAAAACUUUUCAAGUUCGAUAUUUUGUGCAUUGUUUUUGUAAACGUGAUUCUCAUAUAGAUCCGAUUAUAACGCUUUGAUGGAA